AUGGCAACUACAACGACGACUGGAGCUAUGGCAACUAGCACAGCCUGUGGAACCCCAGCCCAGUACGAAAUUCCCGUCCAAGACGCAUCAUGUGGAGUUCCCAACACCGACAAGUACGAAGGACUCAUUUCAAAAUGCGCGAAACCCGCAGGAGUAACUUCCUAUAAUCACGACUGUGCUAUCUACGCUCUGGCUGUAGACCAGUCAAUUCAAGAGCUUACCGACUGCCUCUACGAAGCUGGCGUCGCCUGGGAGGACGUGUGGUGCCAUGGAGAAACCAAUGCCACUGCAACGGCGACCUCGUACCCGACUGCAACGAGAAUGGAAACCUCUACAUCAAAUGCCGACAGGACAUCAUCCGGCGACAGUACAUCAUCAGGUACCUCGACGGACAGCGCUGCGACUAGCACAAAUACCUCAGAGUCGAGCGCCUCUCUGCCCAAGGCCCAUACCAGCUUGAAGGCUGUUAUGCUUCUUUCAACUCUCUUUGCCUCUGCCGUGUUCAUCAGAAUUUAA